CAACCUCAAAGUCUACCAAGAUAAGCCUUACAAGCACAUCUUACCUCUAAUCUGCUAUUUUAGCAUUUGCCUGCUAUUCCAAUUUCCAACUGAAUUCCUCUAUUUCUUCGGUAUACUAAACAUUUUGCUAAAAAUGAAUAGAGUAAUAGACUUGGCAUCUAAGAAAGCGGCGGUGAUCUUCACCAAGAGUUCUUGUUGCAUGUGCCACAGUAUCAAGGCACUAUUCUACGAACUUGGUGCAAGUCCUGCGAUUCAUGAAGUUGAUCAUGAUGCAGAUAUGGAGUGGGCCCUACAACGCUUAGGUUGUAAUCCCGCUCUCCCAGCAGUGUUUAUAGGUGGUAAAUAUGUAGGCUCAGCCAGAGAUGUCAUUUCCCUUCAUGUUGAUGGAUCACUGAAACAAAAGCUUAUUGAAGCAAGAGCUAUCUGGUUCUAGCUACUAGCAUCACCAUAAGAAAAUAAAAAAAAACUGUUUCGGUUUAUGUUAUAGUAAGAUAACCAACUAGCUCCUCCCACAUCAUGUUAGAAUAACAUGAUUGUAAGUGUACUUAGAGCUGCUCUUUUUUGCCUGCUCUCUUUUGUCACUGUACAUAAAGGAGUCACACUGUUAAUUCUUGGCUUUCUAGUCUUCAAGAUUCAUACUUUAUUGUGGUUA